AUGCCGCCCCCAACCGUCCCCUACAACGGGUUCACGCUCGCCCAAACCCAAGCAAUCUGGGGCGAGCUAGACCGCAUGCAGACGGCCCACGACGCAGAUCUCCAAUGCGCACAGCAGGAGAUCCAUGAUCAGCAGCAACAGUUCAACUGCAUGAACCAGCUGGCCAAUGCGCAGCAGACGGAGAUCACCAGACUAGCUGGUCUCCUACAGAACUACCAGGCGAUACAACACGCCGCGCCUGGUGCUGCUGCCAUUGAAAAGAAGAUCAUUGGCGUCAAGGACCCCGGCGAGUUCCAUGGGGAACCCGGCAAUUUUGCUCCCUGGAGGAGCAGAGUGCGAUUGUGGCUCCAUGCCAACAACGCCGCGCUGACAACAAACUUUGAUUGCUCAUCCGCCAUUCUCACUCGGAUGAAGGGACGCAUUCCCGCGAAAUGGGCCCGGUACCACAUCGGCCAGUUCGAGAGCGGUGCCCUUCCAUGGCCGACCCCGGAGGACAUCAUGCAGCAGAUCUCGGACGCUUUCUUGCCAAGCACGACCAAGGAGUGGUCCCGCAAGAAGGUCGUGUCCCUGGCGAUGGGGAACAGAAGAGUGGAGGAGUGGCUCACAGAGUUCUACAUCCUCAAGGAACAGGGCAACAUGGAAGACGCCCACGCUAUUGAUUUGCUCAUCAAAAACAUGAGCCCAGUCAUUCGCGUAGAAGUAUUCCGAGGGGGUCACCAACACCUCCCCCGGUUCAACAAUCUCUUCAACAAAGUAAAGGAGAUUGGUGUCCGAGUGGAGGAAUAUGACAUCACCAUGGGGAAACAACGAGUCAACUUCGAGCUGGGACUCACUAGCAAUGGCGUCACGGCCGGGAGAGGCGAGCCCAUGGAGAUCGGCGCUGCACCACAAGCAUCGUCAAGUCAAGGACCCCGAGGAGGAUGCUUCACCUGCCAGGGCCCGCACUUCACGCGGGACUGCCCUCAGAGGAAGAACGGCGGAGGCGGAGGAGCACGCGGAGGAGAAAGUUGCCCACAGGGCGCCGCGGGUCAUCAUACCCGUGCACUAUACAAUCCGGAAACUGGCCGGAUGGAAGAGCAGCCCCAGACAGCAGGGGCACCCCAAAACUGGAGCCCAGAGUAUACUCCAACUCCGCUUAAGUGGCAGACUGCCACCAAGGACAUGGACUUUGAGGCCGCUAGGGCCUAUUUUAGGGACUACGAUUUUUUAAAUGGACAAUGA